CCAAUUUGGAGAUGAAAAAAAAAAAGGAACUAUACACCGAUAGCGUAGAGGCUGGCAUCUUGUAAAGGCGACUUACGAUGCUGUUGGUUUUCAGAGCAUAUUAGAACCAUCCACACACACAUUACAAAAACCCAAAAACCCACUCACCGACUCACAAUUUCUCCUCAAUUAUUAGAACCGAUCGGUUAGGGUUUUCACGUUCCAAUUUAUGGUCAAUUUUGAUCCCAUAAUCAUCGAUCAACCGCAAUGGAAUCGCUCUGCUUUCACGAUGGCAACAUCACCGACUUCAUUGAUGCUCGAACUCUACACGUUCGCACCGAUAUAAAUCGCAGUCUGCAGUUGCAUUCAUCAUUCCUUAGAAGGCUUUCUCUAGAAAGAGAGCUGGAGGGGCAUCGGGGAUGUGUAAACACUAUUGCAUGGAACUCAAGUGGCUCACUAUUGAUAUCUGGAUCUGAUGACACUUGUAUCAAUCUUUGGAGCUAUCAAAGCCGCAAACUCUUGCAUUCCAUUGACAGUGGUCAUACCGCUAACAUAUUUUGUACGAAAUUUGUUCCUGAAACAUCUGAUGAGUUGGUUGUAUCCGGAGCUGCUGAUGCUGAAGUUCGACUAUUCAAUUUGUCUCGCUCAGGAAGGAGGCGUGUUGAAGAUAGCACUAUUAAUCCAUCAGCACUAUUUCAAUGCCACACCCGGAGAAUUAAAAAAUUAGCUGUAGAACCUGGGAAUCCAAAUUUGGUAUGGAGUGCCAGCGAGGAUGGGACAUUGAGACAACAUGAUUUUAGAGAGUGCACUUCUUGUCCCCCUUCUGAAUCUUCUCAUCGAGAAUGUCACAAUGUAUUGCUUGAUUUGCGAUGUGGAGCAAAGAAAUCAUUAGCUGAUCCACCUAGACAGUCACUUGUUCUGAAAUCUUGUGACAUCAGCAGUACCAGGCCUCAUUUACUGCUUGUUGGUGGGAGCGACUCAUUUGCUCGUUUAUACGAUAGACGCAUGCUUUCACCACUUUCUUCUGGCCGCAACAAACAACCACCACCUCCUUGUGUUAACUACUUCUGCCCAAUGCAUCUUUCUGAUCAUGGGCGACAAGGUUUACACCUUACUCAUGUUACAUUUAGUCCAAAUGGAGAAGAGAUUCUUCUCAAUUAUAGCGGUGAACAUGUCUACUUAAUGGAUGUAAAUCCUGUUCAGGGAAGUUCUAUGCGGUACACAUCAGAUGAUGCGAUGAAGUUUUUCAAUCCAACUACCAUACUGAAGGAGGUGCAAUCUAAACCACCACACUCUGAUUUCCCAAAUCGUGUUCUUGCAAAGAGAAACCUCACAGCUAGUCUUGAUCAAUGCCGUAAACUUCUUCAAAUUGCAGAGAAGUCUUUAAAAGAGGGAGCCAACUAUUACUACGGUAUCGAGGCUUGUAAUGAUGUUUUGCAUGGUCAUGGUCAGAUUGGACACACAUUGAUACUUGAAUGUUUGUGUUUACGAGCAGCGUUGUUUCUGAAGCGUGAUUGGAAAAAUGAUGUUCAUAUGGCCAUAAGAGAUUGUCUUAGAGCUGUGGAAAUUGAUCCCGCAUCAUUUAGAGCCCUACACUGCAUGUCUGAAGCUCUAUUACAGUUGGGUAAACUCAAAGAAGCUACGGACUUUGUUAUUGCUGCCCAGUUUGCAGCUCCAUCUAAUCCUGAAGCUGUUGAGAUAGUGGAGAGUAUAAAAAAACGUAUCAAUACAGCGGAAGCUGGCAAGCCAAAGGAAGGAGGUCCUAGUUCUGAAGCUAGUAGAGUAUUAUCUCUGAGUGACAUACUGUAUAGAUCAGAUGCGAGUAGUGAUACUUCACAACCUAUGUCCGAAAGAGAAAAUUCUGAUUACGAGGACGAUUUGGAAGUUGAUUUUGAAAAUUCAAUAUCAGGCGAUGAAAGCCAUGAUGCUGAAUCUAACAACUUAUACCCAACUCUUAAAGUCAGAGUCCACAGAGAACGUGAUUCAGCGAAGAAUACUUUCCAUACAAGUAGCUCCGGUGGAUCACCAAAAUCGUAUUCUCCAACUGACAAAAUUACUCGUCAGCAUGAGAGGGCAAUAGAUAUGAAGCAAAGAUAUGUGGGUCAUUGUAAUGUAGGGACAGACAUCAAACAAGCCAGUUUUCUUGGGCAAAAAGGGGAGUACAUUGCUGCCGGAAGUGAUGAUGGUAGAUGGUUUAUUUGGGAAAAGAGCACUGGCAGACUAAUUAAAAUGCUUCUUGGGGAUGGAGCUGUUGUGAACUGUGUGCAAAGUCAUCCAUUUGAUUGUGUUGUAGCUACUAGUGGCAUAGAUAAUACCAUCAAGAUUUGGACCCCGCUUGCUUCAGUUCCAUCUGUCGUUGCUGGAGGAGCAGCCGGACCUGACACUGCUAAUAUUAUAGAUACAAUGGAAGGCAAUCAACGCAGAUUAUCCCAUAACCGUGAAUCGUUGUUACUCUUAUAUCUGCAGGCCAUUCGAGAUAUUAGAAGGGUUCCGGAUGCAUGAGUUUCCUGAAGGAUCGUUGCGCCCGUUUGAGUGUAUACAGAGUUAGGUUCACCCGGCUUUAAGGUAACGCAUUUUGUUUUUAGGGAUGGUUUCAUAUCAUAGCUAUUAAAGCGAGCGCCCAGGCGCAAAUAAAGCCCCGGGCCCAACAAAUCGCCCCGAGUGCGCCUCGCGCCUUUAAUCUUCAGGUUAGUUCAUAAUCUUCUUCAUAGUUAUUAAAGCGAGCCCCCAGACGCGCCUAGGCGCAAAUAAAGCCCCGGGCCCAACAAAUCGCCCUGAGUGCGCCUUGCGCCUUUAAUAACUAUGUUUCAUAUACGAUAUAUCCCUCUCAAAACUUAAUAUUAUAUCAUAUUUGCCCAACAAAAGUUCAUAUAUCAAGUGCACUCAUUUUCACAUUUAUGAUAUUUUUACCCUUCCUUUAUAGCUUGCAUUAGUAUAUGAGAGUUUGGAGUGUAAAGAGAAAGAAGGGUAUAAUAGUCAUAUUACAAAUUGUAUUUAAUGAAAUGAAAUGAGCUGAAGAAGUUAUGAAA